AUGGAUUUUGAAGAGUUUUGUGCAGCUUCCAUCAGUGUUCAUCAGCAUGAGUCACUUGAUUGUUGGGAGCAGAGUGUUCGCCAUGCUUAUGAGCUCUUUGAGAUGAAUGGAAACAGAGUUAUCGUCAUCAAAGUACUCGCUUCGUGGUUCAAACAGUUGCAGAUGAUGAUGCAAGGAAAAGAGGAGUUACGGUCGCAGUGGGGGUUUGCCUGA